AUGGCCGACAUGGAUCACAGCAUGAUGGACGAGUCCUUUGCGAUGUCCGAGGCUGCGGAUGACCAGAACCACGCUGGCUUAACCGCAAGCGCGACGGUCGGUACAAGACGACAAGCAAAUGGCACGAUUGGCUCUGUCUACUCUGGCAACAAGAUUCGGCACCUCAAGAAAGAAGACGGUAUUCCACUGUGGCGCAAAGAUAUUCAAUACCAGUUCCUGAAGUUGGUGUUUGAAGACAAAACACCAGUCUUUACGCGGUACCCCGACGGACAAAAGGGAAUGGACUUCGCAGAUGUCUACAUUGAUGCAAUGGCCCGGAGCAGCAAGACCAGCAAGAUCCUCAAGGACAAACUGCAGAAUGACAAGCCGGCAGCUAUCAGCAUGGCCAUGGUCUGUCUGCUGGUCAAUUUCGGUCGCAUGAAUACCACUUUGAACUUCUUCCCUGAAAUGCGUGCUCAACUCCGGACAUAUCACUCGAUUCCUUCAUUACAAGCGCACCAGGACUCCAAUGCUUACAAGCAGCUGCAAGAUGCCCCACGUCUCAAAUCUAUCCUCAAGGGUGCCUCUGAGGAUGCCGAACAACCGAAUACACUGGAUAAGAUCAAGCGAUUAAAUGUGCCUCGGACGAAUCCGGUGAAUCUGAUUUUCGUUCUGGCGCAGUACGCCCCCAAAGUGUCGGAAACUCACUUCUUCCCUCCACGGGACUUCUUCGAUUUGGUUAUGAGAUCUACGCUUUCCAGUCAAAGUCGUGCCAGAGCAUUCCUGUGGCUGAUGUGGUGGUACCUGGAGAGUGACUUUAGCCGUGAAGCGGCCAUGAAAAACCCGUUUGGUGCUGGUAUGGAAGGCGAAGGCUCCGAAGGACUACCUCUCAAGGUGCCAGCCUUUGAUAUUUUGACCGAGGAGCAGUCGAAUGAGGAGAAUGUAGAUACACCCGAGGAGCAGGAAUACGGAGAGUCGAAGAGACUGGAACGCAAGCGCAUUUUAGAGGAAGAAGAACCAUUACCACGCGUCCCCAAGCGACCCAAGAAAGAAUUUGGCUUCGAAGAAGACUCAUUUGCAGGAGACUACUCUGGCUUCGGAGGCCGCGGCUCUGCCAUGUCGACCCCUCUUCACCCCUCUGCCAAACGAAGUUUGGACGACGAAGAAGACGAUAUGACCCCUGGUGGUUACUCUCGUCCGCGCCCUAAACAGGCCAAGCGGGAAUCAUCACUCAGCCGAGCAAUGGGGCAGCAGAGACUUGUCUUGAAGACGACGAGGAUGGAGCACACUCCUGAUGCCUCUCCCGCGCCCCCGGGCUCCAAUCACCCAAUUCUUAACCGUUUCAUCGCGGAACCUUCACUGUCUACAGCGCCCGGACGCCGACCGCGCCCAUUAACACAGCACCAAAUUGCCGUGGAACAAAAUCGCCGCCAAAGGAUCGACUAUCUCCUCGCCAAGCGCAGGUCAAAUGCCUACCGCGUCCUUCGCGCCAAGCGGGAGAGUGAGAUUCCCUUCGGCCGCUACGGUCGCUUGCUCCAAAGUCUCCCAGAAGGUUACAACACAGAUGACGAAGAAAAGUCCUGGGGCAAGGGCGGCCUCUUCCCAAACCCAGACGAAGAAGACGACUUCGGAGAAUGUGCCAGCGUUUUCUUAUCUGUAGUACGCAAAGCCGCACGACGACUGGACCGCUGGGACUGCGACGAAGCCAACGGUCCCAAGAAAGACCGCAAGCAAGAACGCGAAGAGCGAUUCAAAGCCCGCGCAGCCCUGGAGGCAGACGUGCGAAACAGCAACAAUCGCUCGCGUCCUCGUGCACGCCCUAGUGCAGCCAAGCGCAAGUCAGGUGUAACAGCUACCCCAGGCACGGCAAAGAAAGCCCAAGCGUCUCGUGCCAAGGACGGUCCGGGCGCCGGAACACCAUUAGCGAUGGGCACGCCGAACUGGGGUGGACAUUACGAUUACAUGGAAGGAGAUGGAGAGCUUGACGAUCUCGACCGCGAAUUGCUGGGUGAAGGUGAAGGGUCUGAUGGCGACUCCACAGAAGACGAUGAUGACGAAGACGAGAACUCAUCUACGUAUGAAGGUGCCAAUGGCUAUGCACGACAUGAGGCCUCGUCCCCGCCCCCUGCGGGUCUUGCUGAUCACCGUGAAGGUGAUGGCGACGAAGUGAUGGAAGACUAG